AUGCAAAGCCCUAUUGGGCAGUAUGCUGCUCCGUCCUGUGAUGUUGUGGCCCAAUCUGGCCGACUCAAAUGGUACUGCAACGAAAUUCUGAGAAGAAUCGAAGGUUCAGGACCUAUUUCAGUAAUAGAGUUCAACAAAGAAGGCACACAUCUGGCUUAUGGAAACGCCGAUGGGAUUGUUAGUGUCAUUGAAAUUGGCCAAGCGGAUCUUUCUGAAACAACACACCAUUGUCAUUCCUGUUCGAAACCCUAUCAAGUUUUCCUAAGCCACGAACCAGAGUUUGACUGUCUAAAGUCUCAAGCAAUAGAGGAGAAAAUAAACCUUAUACGCUGGCUCCCGAAAUCCGGGCUUUCCCACUUCUUGUUAUCUUCCAAUGAACGUACUAUAAAACUUUGGCAGUUGACUGAACUACCGACACAAUCGUUUACAAAUCUGAAUUUCCCCGUUGAAUCCGGUUGCCGACGUAAAGUUGUUAUCAGGUCAUUAUCCGAUAUCAAAGUCCCUGUCUGUUUGAAGAAUUAUGGAAAUACAAAUAUACGUGUACAGAAUAAAAAGGUAUUUGCUCGUGCCCAUGGUUUUUCAAUUGUCGGUUUGUCACCCUCUGCUGACCGUGAAACUUUCUUCUCUGCCGAUCCACUGAGGAUUAAUAUGUGGAACUUAGAAGUUACUAAUGAGGUGUUCAGUGUCAUUGAUCAUAUGCUUGAUCGUUUGGACGAUCGCUCACAUCUGAUCACCGGGAUUAGUUGUAGCAAUUCUUCUCCAUCAUUAUUUGCAUAUGGCACUAACAGGGGUUCCAUUUUCCUUUGUGAUACACGGUCAAGCUCUCUUUGUGACCACGCUUCUCUUGUUUUUCAUAGUCUUGCUGCAGACGAAUCAGAUGUGCUUACAAUUCUCACUAAUUCAGUUUCCGAUUUGAAAUUUGGCCAAUGCUCCGAUUACAUUAUAUUUUCCCGUGAUUAUUUGAGCGUUAAAACUUGGGAUUCACGAAUGCCAACUCAACCAGUUGAAGUUUAUCCUGUCCAACGUCAUUUAAAAAAGCAUUUAACUGUUUUAUACGAAAGUGAAUUACUUUUUGAUGAUUUCAAAUUAACUAUAUCUUCAAAUGAUCGUUGUAUAAUGACUGGUUCAUAUAAUAAUACUGUGAAAGUAUUUGAUCGACAAAAUCCAAUUGAAGGUUCUUAUAAACUGAUUAUGCAAGAUGAAGAUAUGAAUGCAUUCCAUGAUGCAUUUCGUACAACUGAUGAUAAUACUUCUGUGUUUGUUUCACCUAUAUCAUCAUCAACAUCAUCACCCGACGGUACUGAAUUAACGUGGCCACGAAGGAUACAUGAUGAUUUGAUUGAUAUCACUGAAAACUUUACCAGAUCAUCAUUUUCAGAUAAUAAUAUUAAUGAUAAUACUAGUACUAAUAAUCCCAAUGUUAAUGAAUCCAUAUUCACUGUGGAUGUUGGACGUAAAUGGUUGCAGGUUAGUUGGAGACCUUGGUCUACUGUAGCUGCUGUCAGUCAUACAGAUGGUAUUCACCUUAUUGAAGCAAUAAAUUAA